CUUCGACGCCGCAGGCUGCUGCAGCGUCGUACUUGGAGCGUCUCGCAUCCCACCUCAAGCCGCGGCCACGGUGAAUCUUCAACGCGGCUCCCGGCUCAUCAAGCAAGAGCUCAGCUGCGCACAGACAUCGCACUGCGCAUCGAGAGACCGGCAGCAUGCUGUGCCUCGCACUCGGCCGCACGGCGCUGCGGCGUCAUGGUCUGGCUGCCAGAAGUGCUGCGGUGCGCGCCUACACGCCCGGCUCGCAGCGCAUCUCGCCCGAGCGCCUCAACACCUCGCUGCACGACUCGUGCAAGUGGGGCGCUGCCUUCCGCUGGGGCAGCGACCCGCGCGAGACGGGCAUGGCACGCCUUACGCUCGACGACGCCGACUUCGCGGCCCGCCGCUGGCUGUCUACCGAGAUGCAGGCGCUCGGCUGCCACGAGGCCGUCGAUGCCAUGGGCAACCAGUUCUUCAAGCGCAAGGGGCGGAGGGAGGGACCGCCGAUCGCCGUCGGCUCGCACCUGGACACACAGCCAGCAGCCGGCCGCUACGACGGCAUCCUCGGCAUCCAUGCCGGCCUUGAGAUGAUGCGCGUGCUGUACGAGAACAACGUAGAGACGGAGCACCCGCUGGCGCUCGUCAACUGGACAAACGAGGAGGGCGCGCGCUUUCCGCGCAGCCUGUGCGGGUCGGCAGUCUGGGCGGGCACGGCACAGCUCGACGACUUCCAUGCGCUUCGCGACGUCAAGCGCCCGGACGUCACGCUGAAGGCCGAGCUGCUGCGCGGCGGCUACCUCGGCGACGUGACCUGCAGUCACCAGGCCAAUCCGCUCGCGGCCCACUUUGAGCUGCACAUCGAGCAAGGGCCGAUUCUCGAGCGCGCCGGCAAGCGCAUCGGCGUCGUGCUCGGCGGCCAGGCGUACUCCUGGUUCACGCUGACCGUGCGCGGGCAGGCGAACCACUCGGGCACCACGCCGCUCGAUGCCCGCGCAGACGCCAUGCUUGCCACGGCGCGCAUCAUCGACCGUGCGCACCAGCUGGCACGCAAGCACAGCGGGCUCGCCAGCACCGGCAUAAUCUCUGCCGAGCCUGGCAGCAUCAACACGCUGCCAUCGAGCGUCGUCUUCACGCUCGACGUCAGACACGCGUCGGGCGAGAAGCUGUCUCGCCUCAUUGCGGACAUCCGCAGCGCUGCUGCCGACGUGACGAGCGAGCCCAGCACGCAGGGCUGCGCCAUCGAGUGGCGCACCGAGUUUGAGAGCCCCGAGAUCCGCUUCAAUGCGGCCUGCAUCGACGCUGUGCGCGAAGCUGCUGUCCGCACCGUGGGUGCAGACGCCGCCAUGGACGUCUACAGCGGCGCCGGUCACGACUCCUGCUCGACCGCACAGGCCGCCGCCGGCAGUGCGUGCCCCACCACGAUGGUCUUCGUCCCGUCCCGCGACGGCAUCACCCACAACCCACGCGAGUGGUCGAGCCCCGAAGCCUGCGCGGACGGCGCGCAGGUCAUCCUGGACGCCGUCCUGACAUACGACGCCUGCGCCGGCCGCGCAUAA